UAUUAACCGUCUACUUUUGUUAUUUUUGUUGCUAUGCAGAUAUAGAAUUUGAUUAUUGUGUUAAUCUUAUGAACUAUAUCCUAAAAUGGCACAGCAUAACUAAGUAAGAUCUAAUGCAUUCUAUUUAAUGACUAUUUACCUCGCAAUCGAAGACCAGAAUUGGGUUUGUGAAAUACAAUCAUGCGCCGCGAUAUAAUAUAUGAAUAUAUCGGUACCGUACCCGUAUUAAAAAACAAUCAAUAAAAUAGAAUAAUUAAAUAAAAAAAUUUUUUUGUUACUCAUAGUUUCUUGUUCCAUGCCUUCACGUACCCCCAAAAUAACCAUGUAGUGUAAUAAUGGAAUGUGACGUGGGUGCAGACCUCCUGAAAAAAACAUUUGAUAUGAGACUGUAUAUAUGAAAGUCUUGAAUCACUGUAACCAAGAAUGUUAAAAUACUGGACAAUGUUUGGUUUCUCAAGUCUGAAAGUUGCUACCGAACUAAUGUAUUCUCCCACUGCAUUGGUUUUUGGUUUUGUGGCAUGUCCAGUAAAACAUAUGUAACAUCAUGCAGUUUGAAGUCGACCAUCAUUCACAUGCCAGCUAAGGAAUUCUGGGAACUGUUCAUGCCAUUAAAGUCCCUGAAACUUCAGGAUGGUCCUGAUGUUUCCCUUCUGUCUCUUUCGUUUGUAAGCAAGUCAACAGGGAAAGACAUGGGUCAGAAACGAAGGAGGAAAAAAGUCACAAAAAAGAGAAAUUCUCUCCCUUCGCAAUCUAACAAAAAUCUCAUUCGACAGUCGUCAGCAUCUGCUGUUUACACCCACAACUCUCCGAAACGGCCUGAUCGGCCAGACUGCUCUAAAACCAAACUUCCAGGAAUCACAACAGAAAAGGACAAAGAUGCUGGUUGCAAGCAGAGGGUUUUGGCAACUCCGUCACCGAGGCUGUACUUCAUUCCACCAGUUCCUCCACUCAAUGAACGGAGGAAAAGGGUUCCCUUACUUGCGGCAAUAAAACCGGACAAUGAUAAAACAGAAAAAGAUAGGUUUAUGAGAGCUAACUACAACUACAAUCCAUAUUUCCUCUAUCGCUGCCCAGCAGACGUUGAUGUACUUGAAAGCUUCUCAAAACCAUCAGACAAAUAUCUCAAACAGGCCAUGUUGAUAAUGGAGAAAGCCAUCGAUCGAUACGGCUGCUAUGAGGAGUUUGAGGAGAAGACCGGCGGGAAGAUUCUGUCCCGCUCACAGAUCUGUACAAUCAUUCACCGUUACCUCAAGAUCGAGGGUAUGGAGGAUGAAAUCUGCCUUAACCUCAGUGACAACCUCAUCUCUCGCGGGUCCAUGACAAGGUCUAAAGGUCGGCCCGUGUUAAAUGUGAGGAUAGUCAACCUCAGAGAACAGUGGGCCGAGGGCCUGCUGAGACACGAAAUAGGUACUCACUACAUGAGAAGCAGCAACAACAGGUAUCAGCCAUGGAACAACUGGAAGAUCCGCAAAGACCUUGGCUUGCUGCCUCUGAACCCGACGGAGGAGGGCCUUGCGACCCUGCACAGUGUGAUCUUCCGCCCCGAUCCGUGUCUGUGGCGUGCAGCCCUCCUCUACUACACCGCACACAAGGCCUCGCAGAUGUCCUUCAAGGAACUGUUUCACGACAUGGGGCACUUCGUGCACGAUCCCGCUGUCAGGUGGGACUACUGUCUCCGGGCCAAACGAGGACAGUCGGACACUUCCAUUCCAGGUGCUUUUUGUAAGGAUCAAGUUUAUCUCGAUGGAGCUCUGCAGAUUCUUAAGAGACGUCAUGAAAUUGAUUUUGGUUUACUCAUCAGAAUGGGAAAGAUUGCUUAUGAAGAUGUGGACCUCCUAGUAAAACUGGCUGAACUGGAGGAAACCAGAGUGCCCCACUUCAUGAACAACAUGCCUGUGUAUCUCACGAACAUUAACCGCAUAGCCGAGAGCAAUGGUCUGACAGACGAAAUAUUGAGUGAGGUGGAAUAAAUAAAUAAAUAAAUUCAUCCAGAUGGAUACGACCUGUUCUGAUUCGAUAGUGGUUGGUUGGUUUUCGAUGAGCUUUUAUUAAACAAAAGCUAUUUCACUGUCACUUCCAUAAGAAUCAAAAAUAACACUGUUUGUUGAGACUAAUGACAAUCUCAAACGCACGUAUACAUUUUGUUUUGUUAAUGAAUGAAAUGGUUGUCUGUUAUUGGGUAUGGAGAAUAGUUUAAUAAAUGAGUGUACAGUAAGAUUUCAUUUAUCUGGACAGCAGAACUCUCAAGGAAAGUUGAGUGAGGACUCAAAUGUGCCUCACACUCAUCUGAAUUGAAAAUUUGGUGAAUGGGUAUUCACUCGCAUAUUUAUUCUCAUCAUUGAGAUUGUUGGCAGACUAAUAGAAAUACUUGCUGUCACUUGCCUAGACCUAUUUCCAGACAAGCAGCAAAACACCCUCCUUAAAAGAAUCCACAAAAAUUAUGGGUGGGGGUUUUCUCAAAAAGUAUCCUGCUUAAUGAAUUUCUGUUUAACCAUUUGUGACACCCAAUAGCCGAUGUGUAUUUUUGUGCUGGGGUGUUGUUAAACAUUCAUUCAUGGAUUCAUCUGAUUUGAUGUGAAGAGUGGUCUCUCUUGACUCACAUGGCACCAUACACCAUUAUAUGCUGUAGUUGCUGUUUACCAAAGUAACGGAAUAGUUUAGAGUGGAAGUGCACCAUAACAACUAUCAAUGAGUGAAACCUAAAUUCAUUAUUCAUUAUUUAUGUAAUGAAGUGAUGAUUGAUCAAUAUCAAAUAUUACAUUCAUAGUGAAAUUGUUUCACUGUACAGUGUCCAUAUCCACAGGGCUUCUAGGUAAUGGUAUCCCAACUCCCGUGGCUAGUGAUAUUCAAUGUUGGGCUGGUAAAUAACUACUUUAGCCAUGCCCAAUGGCUAGUAAAAAAAAGAAAGAAAAAAAACAUCAAAUACAUUUAAGUCUAUUUUGUAAAUAUG